UUUUACAUGCAGGGAAUGUAAGCCUGUCAUUACCAAACUCAGGAUUCAGCCCUGAGGCUGGAAGGCCCAUUGUAUCCUGGAACAUCAGUCCCUUAUCAGUCCCAUCUCUCUGCUCUGUGAUUUAUUAAGGUCACACAGAAUAGCAAGAAUUUAAGUCAAGUCCCUAGAGAUCCACUAAAUUACCUUGCAGUCAGAAACUGCAUCUGUUUAAUAGGGGAGAAAAGUCUCUGAAAUAAUUUACAGUCAACAAGUGAAGUAAGUUUCAUGUAUGCAACAUUAUGGAGGAUUUCGUAGCAUCUUACUCGGAUUUUUCCUGCCUCUCUGAAGUCAUGCAAGUUUAAAUACACAGGUUGUAUGAAACAAGUAUUCAGUUGCAUGGCUUUGAUAUACGAACUAUUUGGCAUUAAUACUUAGGAUAGCGUGCCUAUUCAGGAUGCAGACUGUGGAUAUGUUGGAGUUGCUAUGAAUAUUCUGAGUCAUGUAAACAGAUGAUAUUAUUUAAAAUUAUUCUUCAGCAAAAUAGAUUUCCAAAAAUAAGAUUGAGGAGUUGCUCUGACUCAAAUCUGCUUGCAGUUUUUCUGCACCUUUAAAGACAAAUGUUGCCGACAAAAGAUGACUUUGAGAAUCAUUUCUUGCCAGGAAUGAAACUUAUCUUUUCCUUGUUAGUAUUUUUUUUUUUUCUCAUUCUGUUUCUUAGGUUGCCUGAUGUACAAAGGCAGAAUGGAGUUCUUGUUCCCGGCCAGGUGCCUAGUUAUCAGCAGCACAGGAAUAUAUGAAAAAAAAAAAAAAAAGUAGGAGUGGUGGUAGGUAGGAGACAAAUCCUGUGAACAAUUACCCUCUGUGUUUCUCUGCUCAUCCGUGUCACGGUCUUCUAGUUAUCCGGCUAAAAAUCUACCUCCUACUCCAUCUCCAUGCUAGGUUAAAGGAUGUUGAAUGAAGAGACUGACACUUUCCCUGAGAAAGUAUUGGUUAAAACAGAAGUUUACUUUGAAAAUAAAUUCCAAGGCAAUGGUGGGGACACAAUCUGUGUGUUUCAUCUGCCUAGAGGGCAAGUUGCAACGUUCAGAACCAUCUUUCAAUGAUUCCAUGAAAUAUUUGAGACAUAAAAGGUGAAAAUUAUCAUGCAGUAAAAGUGUUUACUGUGAAUGAGUCAGUGCCUGCAAUAACUAUCCCCUACCUCCUUAUAUUUCUUCACUAGGAUUGUAAUUUCAACCCACUCAUACAUUUGCCCCACCUUACCCUAAUAUGUCUUCCUUUUUGCAUUUGCCCGUCUAAUCUCUAAUUAUUCUGCCUGUGCACAGAUACAGAGUCUUCUGUACUGGAGACAGCUGCCCUUGGAAACCUUUCCUUUCCACAACGGCAAAGUCUUCCUCUUUUUAAUCAAGGGUCAAUAGCCAGGGCCAGUGAUUUCCUCCCGCCCCUCCAUCUGUUGGGGCACAUGUACUCUGCUUUGCUCUGUAGAAAGCUGUGAGAGCUGUUUCCAAUCUAAUGAGCAAAAGUAGAUUUCUGAAAGUGAAGAGAAGUGACCAAGAUAAGCAAACCUCAUAUGGAAGACAGAGUGAUGGCAUUGGCAGCAGAAAAUAACAGUGGAGAGAAGUAGUAACUUUUUGGAGAACACUGAGGAGAGCGCCUUCAGUGUCCACAUCAGUCAGUAUACUAAGAGCAGACAGCAUCUGUUGGUACUGGAUCCUAAGUAUGAAGGAAAGAAACUUGAUAGUUAUUCUUGUGGGGGGAAAAUGGCUCUUUUUACUUUGUAAAAAAUCCUAACUUUUUAUGCUAGAAGAGUGAGUGGGAGAAAAAGAAGGCCAAAGGAAGAAGGGCAAGGAACAAAGCUAUAGGAUGAUGUAAAUACAAGGAAAAGAGAGGAGAUGAGGAAGAAAAACCCACCUAUAGCAUGGGGAUGGAUGAAAGGAGAAGAUAAGUGGAACAGAACUAUGAUGGAAGCAAGGAAGUGUAUGAGUGACCAUUUAUAGUAUUUGGUUUUGUGUUUGAUGCUUAUUACAAAAAGGGUAUAUUUAAUUACUUUGGUCUGAUUAAAGACUUAGAAAUGUAAUUAUUUUGAUAACACUCUAUUCCAGGCCAGAUGCUUUCGUGCUAACAUAGCGUCUAGUUACUACAUAGGAAUUUGCAGUCUUGCUCCUCUGAAUGCUAAGUUUAGUUAUCAUCUGCUCAUACAGGUUAAAGCAGUUUGUACCAACUCAGUUUCCACACGAAGUAUUGAAUGAUUUUAUCACAGACUUAUGAAGAAAGACCCAAUUUAAUGAGGAACCGGCUCUGCUGUGCUCACUGAAGAAAACAGCAAAACUCUAAUGACAUUAUGACCCAAGACUGCUUGCUACGCUGCCAGCCUAUGGAUUCUGAAUCAAAGAACAGUUUCAUAGGAAGCUUUCUUCAGCCACCAGAUAAGAUGCUUCCUGCAGCCUUUGCUUAUAUAGAAUCAAAGAAGUUGGCAGCUGUUGGUGGUGACAGGCCGCCUAUCCCCAACAACCAAGCUGUGGUGGCAGCCCUGAAAACUCUUCAAGAAAAGAUCCGCCGUCUAGAAUUGGAGAAGUCACAGGCUGAAGAUAAUCUGUGCAGCCUCUCCAUAGCAGCUGCUCAGUAUAAGAAGGCCUUAGAGCAUGAAUCCUGCAAAAAGGGGACAGCACAUCACAAACUGAUGCAACAGAAGAAAGAUGUAAGUGUGCAGUUAAAUGCAGCACAAUCCCGCUGCUCCCUGCUGGAGAAACAGCUGGAUUACAUGAGGACAAUGGUUUCCAGUGCAGAACUGGAAAAGAAAAUUAUUUUAGAGCAACAGGCCCAGCUUAAGAAAGAGGAAGAUCAGAACUGGUUGGAACUGCAUGCAAAACUUGAAAAGCUUGAAAUGCUAGAAAAAGAGUGUCUUAAACUUACUGCUACUCAGAGAAUUGCAGAAGACAAGAUCAAACACUUAGAGGAAAAGCUUUGUAAAGAAGAACAUCAGCGUAAGCUAAUACAAGACAAAACUGCUCAGCUUCAAACAGGAUUUGAGAUAAACAGAAUUUUGAUUUCUUCGCUAACAUCUCAAAAUGAACCUAAAAAGGAAAAUGGGAAGAAGAAAAAAACUAAGAAGAGAAAUCCUACAAUGAAGAAGAUGCACCUUUCACAGUUACAUGUAAAAGCUGGUGAACUACCUUUUGUGGCUGGGAAGUCUGUUGGUUCCAGCCAUUCUGUUAGUGCAAACGUACAAAGCGUGUUGCAUAUUAUGAAGCAUCGCAAUCCACGUAUCUCAUCACAAAGCCAAGGAGGAGCUACAUCUGGGAUUUCAGGACGCAGUGCACUUUCAAAAUCCAUAUCCUCUUGCUCCACAUCGCCUACUGCCACCAGAAACCUUUCGGACCUUCUGUUGGCCAUACAAGAUGAGUUGGGCCAAAUGAGCUUUGAGCAUCAAGAACUUCUGAAGCAGAUACAGGAGACUCAAAACCCCAAAGUUCGUGAAGACCUAGAACAGGAGCUGGAUUGCCUUGUAAAACAAAUGGAGAUUAAAGGAGAACAAAUAUCCAAGCUGAAAAAGCAUCAAGAUACUAAUCUUGCUGGCUUCAUCCUCCAGAUGAUGGACAACAACUGCACCUUUGUUUCUUCCUUCUGCGUAUCUUUAUGGCUACAGUCUGCCUUCAUUUUGGGGUGAUGAGAAGAGGAAUAGCACACACAAUGUGGUGCAACCAUGUUGUCAUCCUUGCUUAUUAUCGGGCUGCAGAUCUGCUGGCAAGUCAUCUGUGCUCUGGUACAGCCUUAUCAGAGCACACGCCUUAGGGUUAUGAUGUAAAUAGCACAUUCUUUGUGUUUGUCUGUUUGAUUACUGUCAAUCAUGCCCUGGUUAUCAAUGCAGGCCACUUCUGUAACCCUUGAACUGUAUCGUUUUUUCUGGUGCUUUUGCACAUAGACAUUUCUAUUUGUAUUUUGUACGGACCGAUCUUAAUAUUUCUGAUGCAUAUUUUUGCUUUUAGAACCCGUCACACAAAAAAUGCUGUGGUCAUCUCUGUGUUUCACAGAUAAUAAUAUGUUCUAGAAUGCAAUUAAAGUUAAUUAUUUUUAGAAAUGGACUUAAAGCCUAAAUUGGCAUAUGGAAUGCUUCCAGCCUAAUUUUAUCUUUGGAAGUGACCUUUUCAUGCCAAGUGCAAGUCAAGACUUAUU